AUGACCACGCAGACCCAGGACGCCGGCGACUUCCACGAGCAGCUGAAGACGAUCCUGCCCCGCCUGCGCAUCUAUGCUCUGUCGCUGACGCGUGACCGCGAUCAGGCGGACGAUCUGGUCCACGACACCGUGAUCAAGGCUCUCACCGGUCGCAACAGCUUCCAGCCCGGUACCAACCUGGCAGCCUGGCUGUUCCGCAUCCAGCGCAACGAAUUCAUCUCCGGCCUGCGCCGCCGCCGCCCGACCGUGCCCGUCGAUACCGCGAUCGCGGAGACUCUCUCUCAUCCCCCUCACCAGGACAGCGGGUUGGUCAUGCGCGAGUUCAUGUCGGCGUUUCGACCGGCAUUUGAGUGCGAAAUAGUCAUGAGCGGUCCUAGGGGGAGAGUUGGAUGGGUCGGACAGGAUCCCGCGGAGUGGGUUUCCGCCCCCGGGGAGCGUUUUAUGGCGACCGAUGACGAUAAGCUCGUAGGUGGGCGCGCUGAAAAGACAGCGCGCCCGAAGCCCAAGGGCAAUGACCGGCCCUUCGACAUGUGGCUGCAUAAGCAGCUUCACGCCAUGUACGACGAAAUCGCGAGCGAGCCGUUGCCCGACGAUCUGCUCAACCUGAUCGACAAGGACGCGGCGAAGAUUGAGAAGAAGGGCUCGUCGCCAGACGAGCCUUCGAAGAAAUAG